UUUGUUUCUGUUUUUUUUUUCUUUCUGUUGUUUUUUUGCGCUUCUGAUUCACUCAGCUGAGGUUGGACCCUGCUGUAAAAAAAGUGGUUAGACUUAUGUGCCCGGGCUUCGCAUCACAACUGUCUACUCGUUGCUUUUAAGAGACGUACACAUAUGCUGAAUUUUGCUUCUGACUCCGGCCGGUCUAGUCUUGUGGACAUCUGCGAGGUGAUGAUGGAGAGAAACAGGCAUGACAGUGAGAAGUCCUGCUCCUCCACUCUGGAAUACAAUGACCUGGAGGCUGCGGAAGCUUUAGUGUGCAUGAGCUCCUGGGUCCAGAGGACGCACAAGCCUCGCCCACUGACUCCCACCUCAGACUCCUGUGAUUCUCUCGCCUUGCAGCCUGAGCUCAUUGAGUCCCCUAAAGACCUGGUCUCCCUUUCAUCACUGUGCAUGACCCCUCCCCACAGCCCAAGCUUUGCGGAAACUUCAGGCACAGCGGUUCUCAGUACCUCAGUGGCCUGCUCAAGUCUCAAACCACAUCCCAGACUAUGCUCAGCCUUGACCAACAGGGCUGCAUGUCACAUCAACUUGCAUCCCAGUACCACAGUCCUUCUCAACCCAGCUCAGCCGCAGACGGCAGAACAGUCCUCGUUGCGCAGAGCCACCAGUGUUAUACGGCACACCGCCGACAGAUCCGUGGACCACAACAUUCCAUCUCCGACCACAGGGCAGGAGCAGCCAUGUUCCACAGAAAUCCCUCUACAGCACACAGAGCCCAAUGCCAACCUCAAAGCAGAACUGCAAAGCUGCAGUAGCCCAUGUGACACUGCAGAAACGGAGAGAACGGCCCCUUCUCCUGACUCCCCAUGCUUUGCUAUCCCUACUUCACAGUCCGCCGUUCCACAGUCGGCCAUUUCCAGCCCGCCGGUGCUCUGUCAGGUGUUUCCUGUUAACGGGCAGACUGGAAUCAUCUCAGCGUUCGUUCAGACUCCAGUUCAGAUGCAGACCUCAGGGUCAAAGCCCAUUCUUCCACAUUCUCAACCUCUUCUGGUGAGCUCAUCUGUGGCUCAGGGCACUGUGAUGUUUGUAGUCCCGCAGUCUCAGGUAUCCCAAUCCUCCACCUGCCAGCAGAGCGUUGUUACGCUUGGGAACACGAAGCUCCUGCCUUUGGCACCCGCUCCAGUCUAUGUGCCCUCAGGUCAGAGCGGCGGAGUGACACAGUCUGACUUCUCACGUAGGCGGAAUUACGUCUGCAGCUUCCAAGGAUGCAAGAAGACUUACUUUAAAAGUUCCCACUUGAAGGCUCAUUUAAGAACCCAUACAGGUGAGAAGCCAUUCAGUUGUCAUUGGGAAGGGUGUGACAAAAAAUUUGCCCGUUCAGAUGAACUCUCCAGGCAUCGUCGGACACACACGGGUGAAAAGAAGUUUGUCUGUCCUGUCUGUGAGCGUCGGUUCAUGCGAAGUGACCACCUGACCAAACACGCACGGCGUCAUAUGACAACCAAGAGGUCUACGGCAUGGCCUAACGAAGUUCGUGAUGUAAACAAAAUGGCCACUUCCCAAGCACCAUCUUCCAUGCCCCUUAGUGUGCUUCUUCCUGCCUCAAACUAAGUUGAGACUCCUACCACUCACCUCAGGACAAUAUCCCACUGACCAUUUAACGGGAAAUACAAGAAAACCAAGGCUGCUACACAUCCAUGUAUAUAAACAAUGUGACAUUGCACUGGAUUUUUACUUUAAUCAUUGUUGUUUAUAAGGAAUUCUUGUUUACUUUUAUAUAAGUUAUGUCUCCCAAUAUGUAUUUACUCCCUUUGCCAAAGUCUUUGCAUCAUUUCAUCUGUUACUUACUCUUUACUGUUGUAUAUUUGUAUAUAAAUAUUACUAUCUAUAUGAAUGUAAUGUGUAUUCAAAUUUGCAUUUAUUGUUGAAAUAUAUAAAUAAAUGUUAUUGAUGUUACUUCUGUUAAUUGGACAGUAUUCCUGUAUGUGAUACUACCUGCAAUAUUCCAUAUUAUUUAAUAAUAAACAUUUGUAGUAAGAAUAUAGAA